GAUUUGUUGUUUGUUUACAUUUUUUAUUAUGAAUUUGUUUUAUUUUUGUUGAGUGAUUUCAAUUCUUUGGUUUAAAUUUAUUGGAAUAUAUAUAAAACUAAAAUAAAAAAAUCACGUCACGAAUCAAAUGGAAGUCAAACAAGAAAUUAGCGAAGAAACGUGUAAAAUAGAAAUAGAGUAUAAUGACAUGGAUGACUUUAAAUGUGAAAUACAGGAGGAAUCCAAUGAGCAAACUACUCAUGACACAUAUGAUGUUGGAGACUUAAAGAAAUGCCCCAUAAAAACUGAAAUCGAACAUGGAAAUAAACUCAACCCAUUUGAAGAAAACCAAAAAACUGAAAACGGUCAUGUUCACGAUGAAAGCAAGAUAGAAAUUAUUGAGAAACUCAUUGGAGAUUUGUCUUACGAAGGAAAUGAUAUGAAUCGACAUAAUGAAGGAAAAACAUUAAAUAAAAAUAUGCAAGUUGUGACUGGAAAAAUACCUUAUAAAUGUGACACAUGUUUUAUGCAAUUUAGUCGAGGAGGUGAUUUGAAAAAACAUUUGAGAGUGCACACUGGAGAAAAACCUUACAAGUGUGAGAUUUGUUUUAAGCAAUUUAGUCAAGCAGGUGAUUUGACAAGACAUUUGAGAGUGCACACUGGAGAAAAACCUUAUCAGUGUGAAAUUUGUUUUAAGCGAUUUAGUAAUAGAAGUAAUUUGAAAAGACAUUUCACAUUGCAUACCGGGGAAAAACCUUACAAGUGUGAGAUUUGUUUUAAGCAAUUUAGUGAUGCAAGUAGUUUUAAAACACAUUUGAAAGUGCACACUAGCGAAAAAUCUUACAAGUGUGAGAUCUGUUUUAAGCAAUUUAGUGAUGCUAGUAGUUUGAAAAGACAUUUCAGAUUCCACACUGGGCCAAAACGUUACAAGUGUAAAAUUUGUUUUAAGCGAUUUAUUCAAGCAGAUAAUUUGAAAAGACAUUUGAGAGUGCACACUGGCGAAAAACCUUACAAGUGUGAAAUUUGUUUUAAGCGAUUUAGUGAUGCAAGUUAUUUGAAAAUACAUUUGAGAGUGCACACUGGCGAAAAACCUUACAAGUGUGAAAUUUGUUUUAAGCAAUUUUGUCAAGCAUGUGAUUUGAAAACACAUUUAAGAGUGCACACUGCAGAAAAACCAUAUAAGUGUGAAAUUUGUUCUAAGCAAUUUAGACAAUCAAGAACUUUGAAAAGUCAUUUGAGAAUACACACUGGAGAGAUGCCUUACAAGUGUACAAUUUGUUUUAAACAAUUUAGAGAAGCACGAACUUUUAAAAUGCAUUUAAGGCUACACACUGGAGAGAAGCCGUAUAAGUGUGAAAUUUGUUUUAAGCGAUUUAGUGCAGCAUAUAGUUUAAAAAGACAUUUGAGAGUGCACACUGGAGAAAAACCUUACAAGUGCGAAAUUUGUUUUAGGCGAUUUAGUGAAUCAGGACAUUUGAAAAAACAUUCAAAAAGGCACACUGGAGAAAAGCCAUAGAAGUGUCAAAUUUGUUUUAAGCGAUUUAGGCCCGGUACUUUGUCUCGAUUAACAGCCCGUUAGUUAACGGAGGUUUAAUCGGGACCUUUUUAGGGUCUCUUGCGUUGUAAUAAUUGCAAUUACAAGUAUUAUUAUAAUUAUAAAUAAGUAUAAAUUAUAAUAAUAAUUAUAAUUGCAUUUAUUACAACGCAAGUGACCCUAAAGAGGUCCCGAUUAAACCUCCGUUAACGAACGGGCUGUUAAUCGAGACAUAAAGUACCGGGCCUUAGUGCAGCAGGUAGUGCAGGCAGGCAGUAAAAAGACAUUUGAGAGUGCACACUGGAGAAAAACCUUACAAGUGUAAAAUUUGUUUUAAGUGAUUUAGUCAAGCAGGAAAUUUAAAAAGUCAUUUCAGAACACACACUUCAGAAAAACCUUACAAGUGUGAGAUCGGCUUUAAGCAAUUUAUUCAAGCAGUUUAUUUGAAAAAACAUUCGAGAGUGCACACUGGAGAAAAACCUUACAAGUGUGAGAUUUGUUUUAAGCAAUUUAGUGAUGCAAGUAGUUUGAAAAGACAUAUUUGAGAACACACACUGCAGGAAAACCUUACAAGUGUGAGAUUUGUUUUAAGCAAUUUAGUCAAGCAGGUGAUUUGAAAAACCUUGGAGAGUGCACACUGGAGAUAAAGCUUACAAGUGUGAAAUUUGUUUUAAGCGAUUUCGUCAAGCAGGUAAUUUAAAAAGACAUUUGAGAGUGCACACUGGAGAAAAACCUUAUCAGUGUGAAAUUUGUUUUCGGCAAUUUAGUGAAGCGGGUAAUUUGAAAACACAUUUGAGAACUCAUUCUGGAGAAAAACUUUAAUAGUGUAAGAUUUGUUUGUAGAAACUUCAUUAAAUAAUUAAAUUUA